GAGGGACAUGGAAGCCCUGCACGUGGGUUUUCUUUUUUUAGGAACUUGCCUCUUAUCUUGCUGAGUGUGUGAUAGAAAAAAUGUGACUUCCUUCAGUCUGGUUAUAGUCCACGGUGAAUAGCUUAAUCGGAGGAGAAGAAUAAUAGUAGUGAAUUUUACUGUGAGUAAAGGAAAGUGGAGAUAAACUACGGUAACUAAAGUAAGAUAGCUCUGGACACUAAUUUUGUUGUUAAAUUAAUUUCAAACCUGUUAAUUGCUUUACUGGAAGUGAAUUCUUCAAGUUUACCAAUAUGGCUCUGACUGUUACGUUCCUGAACAGUGCUUACUUACAUGGUAGAUGCUGCAGGCACAACGUUUUGCACCCCUUAUUUGGACCUCUCCUCAGCGAUUCCAUGUCAAAAUUGUAUAGCAGCUACAGGAGGCCAGGGUCACAGCCUGAGAAAAAAACAUCUUGGCAAAAUAUUGAUUUCAGUUUUAAGAAGGGCAUUGAAGUUUUAAAGACUCAGCUAAGCAUGCUGAAGAAGGAGACCGAAGAUUACUUAAUAGGACCCGGAGGCCAUCCAUUCAGUCAGUACCUGUUGGAACAGACAAGGGUAUUGUGGGAGUUUCGGAGCCAAGAAGAUUUAAAUAAAUGGGUUAUUUCCUCCGAUGUAGAGAUUGGAGGGAAAAGUGAAGUUCACCUCAAAUUGGGUAGGAAUAACCAGGCUGCUCUGCUGUAUGGAACCCUCAAUACGGAAGUACCUCGUGAUGGGGAGACAAAAUACAGCGGAUAUUGUAGUAUGAGAGCUAAACCACCAGUGGGAUCUUUUGCUAGGAAGAAGUAUUAUGACUGGUCAAACUUCAACAGUCUGUAUUUACGUGUCCGUGGCGAUGGCAGACCUUGGAUGGUAAACAUUUAUACAGACCCUUACUUCUCUCAUCAAAAGGAUGACCUCUACAACUACUUCAUGUUCACCCGAGGAGGCCCAUACUGGGAGGAAAUAAAGAUUCCGUUCUCCAAAUUCUUUCUCUCCAGUCGGGGAAGAGUUCAGGACGACCAGCAUCCUAUCUGGUUAGACAAGGUUAGUACCCUUGGAUUCACAAUCGGAGAUAAAGUAGAUGGUCCAUUCCAGCUGGAGAUUGAUUUUAUUGGCCUGCUAAACGACAGAGCUCAUACAGAAGAAUUUGCCUAUGAAACAUAUGAAAAGAAUCCUCGAGUCUAAGUUGGGCUGGUGUCUUUGGGACAUUCUUCAGAUGCUUGGUUCAUUUUUAUAAAACACUUCUUAACGUGUGGCUUAAAACAACUUGAAGAGUCUAUGUAAACAUUAAAGAGAUAAGUGCAUGAAGUGUUGACUGUAGUAAUCCGACUCGAGUGACACCAUUGGCAUCUUCAAGCUGCCAAAUACAGAGUCCUGGAGAGACUGUACAUACAUGGACUGGAACAUAGCCUCAGGAGAGUUGUGAUGCAUUCUUACAAAGUAGUAACUGUUGACUGGGUAAGUUUUGGCUUCUGUCCUGAGCUUUACAGAAAUAAAAGUAUUUCAUGAG